AUAUCGUUUCGAUUUGUCGUGUCCACCUUCAAUUGUUUGCUACCGGUUUAUAAAUUAUUUUUUCCCCAUGCAGAAGCAUUGGAAUCGUACAGAGAAUUUCGCUUUUUUAUUCUACAACCAUGGGCUCGCGAAGUUUUGUUUGUCGAGAAAAACCUAACGUUGGCUUGUACGGAAGUCGAAUAGUUGAGGAAAACGACUGUAGCUGUUACACAACGAGGGCUUACCCCCAUACGGACUGUCGCAGGUACACGAAUGGCCCAGAACCGCCACAUCAUCCUCCCGCAGCGGAUUUUGCUAUUGAUAAAAUCGCCGCUAAAUCGACGAAUAGUUUACUACAUCAUGACCCCAGGUCCGUCGGAAACCACGAUACUGACUGUGGCAAAGCAACAAAGGAUUUCUCAACCAAAAGUGUUAGCAAACCAAAGGAACAUAAUGCAGGGCAACAAGAUUUAGUUGAAUUUCCUUGCGAUUUCGCGUUGCACAUGUUGAAAAGGCUGUUGCAUUAUGGGCAGCAAGCGCUCAAUGACAAAGAACAAAGAAUAUUACUGGGCGUCGGAAAUGGCUGCAAGAAACCACCGAGGCGUUGUACUAUGAAAGAACUUAGAGAGUAUAUGUGGACCGAGCUGGCGGACAGACUUUCUAGAUGUUUGGAACGCUGGAAAACAAACAACUUCUUACAGGAAAAGUCGCUUAUCCAGGAUCGUGAAAUGCUCUUCAUCGUAUGCGGUAUACUUAUACGCAAACGGUUCGGUCGCAAGUGGGCCCUUUCCUAUCUUACGAACAGGUUCUGGUUGAAAAAUGCGCACCAGCUGCCUUUAGCAGACGUUUUUCCUAAGUGGAAAAUGAAGGAAAUCGAGAAAAAGAAGGAAAAGCUAAAGAAAACAAUUUGUUGGAAGUUCAAUCUAAAGCAAAAGUGCGAACGACGCUUGUGCGUAAAACAGCAUGUGUGUCUAAAAUGUGGCGGGCAGCAUCCUGGUGCCGACUGCCAGGAGCCUCAAAACAACCUGCCAAACAACGUUCCGGCAAAAGAGAGAUUAUUUUGAGUCUUGCUUAUUGACUUGUGAGGCUACCUGAGCUGUUUCAGAACAUUCGUAGAACAGUGGCACAGCUAUACUAUAAAGGCGACAUAGCGCUAUUGAUAAUGCCAGUGGCAGACAAACGUCAAGCAAGUGCAGUGCGUUAACCCGUUGACGCCCAUUGGUGCCAGCCGAGUACAUAGUACAGCAUAAAAAACCAAUACAAGUACUGGACGCUGGCGGGUUAAAGCCUAAAAUGCUAUUGGCUUACGUGUUUUGCAGCGUCGUUGAGCGAAAUCAGAAAUCUUAUAAUUCUUUGCUCAUUCUUUUGAACUACAGUUCUUUUGAACGACAGUUCUUUUGUACUACAGUUCUUUGUUCGUUACAUCAAUAAACACAAAAGGAGUUUAACACAGCAAGCUAUGGAGCCAACGGGCUAUCGAGUUAGUGGAUGGGUUGCCUCAUCGACCAUCGUGAAAAAUCACCGUUAGUAUACUAGCAGGCGUGUCGCUCUUUUGGCUUUACUACUUAUAUAGUACAGAUAAUAAUUAUUCUUUGCCACUCCGCCGGCUAUCUAAAACAUAACAUUUCCGUGCAAAAAUAUUGAAAGUUUCAUGAUUUCCCUAUGCCAUUCUCACCCGGACAACUGGGAGUGUGACAUUUCGCCGCAAUUAAAGUCGACGCAAAACUUUUCGCUUUUCGUCGAAAGAAGGACUUUUCGUCGAAACAGACUCGCGGCGAAAUGUCUUGGCGUCGAAACGGCAAGCCGACGAAAUGUUCCCGCGACGAUUCGCCGACGAAAUGUCGCGCGGCGAGAUGACAUUACAGUGAAAUAAAUGUCUGCGACCAAAAGUCCUGCGACUAGUAAAUCUGUGUUGGGAACACCUUUAACGAGGAAGUUUCGUACAUCCGUUAUCGCUGGCAGUGCCGACUGGCGAGAUUGAUAACGUCCGUCAACAAGAAGCCUUUAUGAUUAGUACCUUCCACACCGUUUCUGGUAGUUGCCAUCACUAAAACUUGAAGUUUCUUGCGUAAAGGCUGAAAUACAACUGACUGAACUACAAAGCUAGAUCCGGACAGUGAGAAUUCGUUAUCGUAGACAAUCAGACUAAAAAUUAAUCAUAAUGAAUGCAAUGAACUGCAUGACGCCAAGCAGCACACAAAGCUGCUGGAGAGCAGCACAUAAAGCAAAACGGAGUGCAAAAGGGGGUACCUUUUAUACAGCCAAAAAGGUAUUUUUAUACAAAAGAGCGUAAAAGGAGGUAACUCGUGGCUAACAGGAGUGGAAGGUGGUGCCUGUACGGUUGUACCAAUUUCCUUUACUUAUUUAAUCAAAUUAACCCAGGAAA